AUGUCACGAAUGAGUGUUGUCGGCGGUGCCAGUGCAUCACAAGAAAACCGCCACACAAACCGAGAAUCUUUUAGCAGCAAAUGCGACGAGAAGGUUCUGGCGGUAAGGAACCCAAGUUGCCUCCUCCACCCUUGCGCCGGUAGAAAGUGGAUAUCUUGA